AUGUCGGUACUAAUGAACGCAGUUUCUUAUAGGAAAGCUCUGAAGGCGGCAAGUAGAAAAGUUAAGAAAAAAUGUCCGCCAAUAAAAGAACCAUCACGUGACGAUGGUUUCCCGCCAGCAAGUUCGGAGCAGACGAGUGUCUGGUUUUGGAUACUGAAUGGCGUGCAGACGACGGUCAUGUUUGGUAAGGAUGACGGAGAGAUUAAAGAGGACCAAACCUUAGGCUUCGUCAUUGAGUUCAAUAUAGAACUCGAUGAAACCAAAUCGAACCACAAGGGCAAUCUAAUCGUAAGUGGGGAGGGCUCCACCCUGCUGACCGUGGAUGGCGUGAUGAUACCCAAAUACAAGGGCAACUAA